AAACAAUACCGCAAAUGGGGUUUGACGAUGUGCUUUUGUAGAAAGAAUUACAUAUUUCAUAAUUUUAUACAAGAAUUGUUCAUAUAAGUUUGUUAUGUACAUAAAUGUUGACAAGAAAUAUAUGCAUUCAAAAAUAAGUAUUACCAGGAACUUUGAUUUCGCCCUCAGCCAAGCCAGGUCUUGCUAUAAUCAUAAAAAAUAGCCUGUAAGGUCAACCUUUCAAUAUAUUUUUGGUAAUUGUUAGUUCUUCCUCAACAUUGUUUUGUUAGUUCUCAACGUUAAAGAUGACUACAUCUUCCGAGGAUGUAUUAUUGAGCGUGGGAUAUGUAAGAUAUAAAAAGGGAGAUGGGACCCUUUAUGUCAUGAAUCAGAGAUUAGCUUGGAUGCUGGAGAAUCGAGAUACGGUUGCUGUAUCUCAUAAAUAUGCUGAUAUAAAAACUCAGAAAAUCUCACCUGCGGGAAAGCCAAAAGUUCAACUCCAAGUUGUGUUACAUGAUGGCACUUGUUCCACUUUCCAUUUUGUUAAUCCGGCCGGGGCAGACGCACAGGCCAAAGAUCGGGACCAGGUUAAAAUGUUACUACAGAAUCUACUGCCCAAAUUUAAAAGACAAAUUGAUGGAGAACUUGAGAUGAAGUCAAGACUUUUGUCCCUCCAUCCGACUUUAAAGCAUUUAUAUGAAGAUUUAGUUAUAUCAAAAGUUUUAAGCAGUGAGGAAUACUGGAAUACACCAACAUUGAAACAUUACACAGAUUCCAGUAAUGUUAAACAAGAAGCCGGUGUGUCGGGUGCAUUUCUUGCUGAUAUACAACCUCAGACAGAUGGUUGUAACGGACUGAAAUAUAACCUUACGCAAGACGUUAUAGACGCUAUAUUCAAAACAUAUCCAGCGGUUAGGAAGAAACACAUUGAUUAUGUUCCUAAUAAGAUGACUGAAGCCGAAUUUUGGACCAAAUUCUUUCAAUCGCAUUAUUUUCAUAGGGAUAGGAUAGCUUCGUCUUCGAGUAAAGAUUUAUUUGGGGAAUGUGCCAAGUUGGAUGACCAAGCUAUUGCCUCCGCUAUGAAGAAUACUACUUUAGAUCUCACAGUGGAUUUACCACAAUUCAUAGAACCGGUGCCGCUUCUGCCGGCUGAGGAUGAGCAACCUCAAGACAAAGACCGAGGUGACAGCACCUCAAUACAUCGCAAUAUGAUAAAACGUUUCAACCAACACUCUAUUAUGGUGCUCAAAGCUAGUCAUAAAACAAAUUCUAGUAAUAGUAAUAGCAGUAAUAGUAAAACGACAAAUAAUAAUAACAAAGUAGUUGAAAAUGGUGUGAGAGAAACAAACGGGGUGACGGAAAAGAGACCGGCAGAAGAGAAAUGUAGUACAGAACCUUUAGUGAAGAAGAAGAGAAUAUUAGAGAAAAUACAUUACGAAGAUCUAGAAGAUUCCAAUACGAAUGGAGAGACGCAAGAAUUAAAAUUAUCAAAGGUAGAAAGAUAUUUAUUAGGACCGUCGUCACAAAUGAGUCAAACAUUGAAUACGACUAACCCACCGCCUUUGUCUGCGCUCGCUUCUGUCUGUCAGGCGUGGAGCGGGGGCCAGCAAUGCUUGCGGCCGGUGCGGGUGGGCGCGGGCGCGGCUGUGGGCGCGCUGGGCGAGCUCAGCCCGGGCGGCGCCCUCAUGCGACAUCAGCACGCCGCCUCCAUGGCACAACUAAUACCAGUGGAGGUGAAGUCUGAGCUACACCGGCUGUACCUGUCUUGUGGGGAGGUGCUGCGCGAGCUGUGGCGCAGCUUCCCCCAGCCGGGGAGUGGGGGGGGAGAGGCAGAGGAAGCUGGAGCACGAGCACACGCCUUCUAUGAAGCAUUGCUUAGGUUCAGGAAUGUCAAAUUGAGACCUUUUGAGGAAAAGAUGUUAAGAGAUCUAACACCUUUAGCUACCACAUUGACCAAACAUUUGAACCAAAUGAUAGACACAGCGUGCGCUAAGUACGCGGUGUGGCAACAGCGGCAGGCCAAGCUGCGGUAGUAGUAACCAAAUGCAACCUUAUUGUUAACCGAAUACAGUUCAAUUUACUAUAAAAUGCCUUCGAAUAGAGGCACAAAGUGAAUACUUAUUACCAGCCUGAUAAAGUUCAAUGUAUACAUUCAAAUGCCUUAUAAUGGAUUUAGGCAUAAAGUGAGCCUUAUUUCCAACCUGUCAGAGUUCAAUUUCGAAUGCGUUUGAACGAAUUUGUUAGGCAAUAAUUGAUUUAAUAUGAAAAACUUGUUACGAGAUGAUAUUAAAGUGAUGAUUGCAAUAUCUUAUGAACAGCAUUUAAAAAAAAACAAUUCGACUGUUUUACCGACGCAACAGUUUACCGAUUUGACUGUUUUACCGACUGUGUAUAUCGGCCGGUAAA